AUGGAUCCAAACCGCUCACUUGGUUUCACAUCUCCCACUCUCACUCUGGAGCCGGUGUCUCUCUCUGGGAUCGUCUCCUGCUUUCUCACCGUCCUGUGCGGAGGCUUGAACCUGCUCCGAGGAGUCCACGCCAUCGAGAGCAUUCUGCAGAACAACGGAGAGGACUUUAAUUACGUCAUUGCCUUCUUCCUGGGCACCGCGGCCUGCAUCUACCAGUGUUGUCUGUUUGCGUACUUCUCGGUGUGGAGGAGCAGUAAGUCGCUCCUGGCCUUGGCCGUGGUGUGUGUGUGUAACCUCUACCUGCUGGAGCUGAGGAACCUGUGGCAGAUCCUGUUCCACGUCGCUGUCGCCGCCUUCAUGACGUUACAGAUCAGACUGAGACAACCGGCCGGCAAGGCUCCGGACUACAACGUCUGA